AUGGCAACUGAAGAGGAUAUUGCGUGGUUUAAAUCCACAUUUCAUCCUAUUCCUAAGCCAGAGCUCCCCGAUGACUCGGUCGAAUACUUCAUUUUUCAUUUGCCUUCCCCCGCCCCCGCCGUUAUCGACGAAGCUGCCGAGACUAGGGCCCGAUUGCUAGAGGUGCAGCGCACUGCUGCAGAAUUGAGCAAAGAUCUACUCAAAGACUACAUCUGGCAACGAGAAGGUUUUCGCCUUGAAACUGCUAAGGAUGAUGGGAUUACAUAUCUUAGCGGCCGCACCAACUAUGGAGACUCGAUCGAAGACGAAUGGGUUGUGGUCUAUCUUUUACGUGAAUUAACCAAACGACACAAGGAUAUCUGGGUUCAAGUACGGGAUGGCGAUGGAGAGUUCCUCCUUGUCGAAGCUGCGGGGACUCUUCCUGCCUGGCUCGAGCCGGAAGUCGCAGACAACAGGGUCUGGAUUAAUCAAGGAGGUCUCAAAAUCAUCAAACCCAAGCAAGAUACUGGGAAGAAAGUCACCGAGAAACUCUCCCUUCCGCAAGCCCGAAAGAUCAUCCAAGGAGAACCGGAUCGCUUCAUCAAGUCCACCAUGAUACAAGAAGAGGCCUUUUACAGGUUACGCAAUUACCCCAAACAAAUUUCCGAAAACUUGCACUCGGCAAUAGUAACAAUUCCCCGCAAAGUCGCAUACCUCCUCCGUCAAAAGCCAGGAUAUAUAUCACCUGCCGUGGAAGCAUUCUACAUCCGGGAUCCAAUUGCCCUGCGCCCCCUUCGUGCCGAAGAUGCAUCCGGUCUCACCUUCAAGCCUGAUGACAUGGUUACAGUGAGUGUUCGAUUCACGCGCGUUGGGUAUGCUCAGGUGAAAAGUCAAGAAUUCCCCAUUCCAAGCACAUGGGCGGGUAAAUUGCCACCAGUAGACGAGGACAAAGCAUAUGCUCGCGCGGAAACUGGAAUGAAGCUUGCGUGUGGGUUUGAAAUGUUACUCUACGAUCCGCACCACCAGGACAAGGCAGCUGUCAGAGAGAUGAAGCUCCUCUUGGAGGAUGUUGAGACCGGUGACGAACAGCUCCCAACAAAUGAAGAGAUCGAGAAGACAUGGGAUAAGCAAGAGGACGAUGAAAAAUGGCUGGACAUCAACUUUGAGGAUCUAGACCGAGAGCUGAAAGGCAAGGGCAAGGGCAAAGGCAAUAGCCAGGGCGGGAACUUUGGUGAUGCAAGUGCACAAGAGAACCUACAACGAAUUGUCGCUCGCUUCGACGAAUUCCUGAAUGACACCUCGGCCGGCUUUGACGGAGCCGAAUUCGACGAAUUCGAGACUGAUUCUGACGUUGAUGAUGAUGAUGAUGACGACGAGCUUAGCAGUGACGGAGAGGACAAAGAUGCUUCAUUUAACGAGGAGGAAUUUGCACGAAUGAUGAAAGAGAUGAUGGGUAUGCCUUCCGGAUCGGGUCAAGGCCCGGAUCUCUCAACACCAUUACGCAACCGAAUCAAAGAGCUUGAGGCAGAGGAUGAGGAAGACGAUGAACUGGAGCAGAUCCAAGAACUCUCUCGACAAAUGGAGGCCGAGCUGAAAAAGACGGGUGUCUUGGAUCUGAACGGAAAACAGAAAAAGCUGUCAUCUGGUGAUGGUUCUAUUAAUGGAAAGGAUGCCGAAGCCGAGGAUGCCGAGGAUGAUGAGAAUGUCAAUAUCAACCUCGCCAAGAAUAUCCUGGAGAGUCUUCAGGGCCAGGCUGGUACUGCGGGCCCCGCAGGGAAUCUACUUGCCAUGAUGGGGCUGAAUAUGCCCAAAGACGACCGGAGCUAA